AUGACGGGCGCGGGGGCCUCGGGCCACGGGUCCGCGAAGGCAGGAGGGAAGGAUGCGAAGAGCAAGGAACCAAGGUACUCGAAGUUCACGCAGCAGGAAAUGUGGGCUGCGCGGCCCAUCCCGACGCCGUUCUCGGUCAUCACGGCCUUCAUGGUGAUUGCCGUGGUCUUUGUGCCUCUCGGGGCGGCGUGCCUCGCCGCCUCGCGGUCCACGGUCGAGUACUCGGCCCGCUACGAUGACUCUUGCAUGCCGGGCGACGGCAACGCGGCGAGGGAGGCGGCCCUGAUGACCUUGGCAGGUGAGGGCAAUCAGUGCGACGCGGUGACCUUUGACAUCACGGAGAAGAUGGAAGCGCCCGUCUACCUGUACUAUGAGCUCGAUAACUACCACCAGAACCACCGGAGAUACGUCACCUCGCGCUCAGACCCUCAGCUCCGCGGCGGCGACGUCAAGUCCACGCUCGACGCGUGCGAGCCCCGGCGGUACCGCAUCGGCAGCGCGGAGAGCGAGGCGAACGCCGUGACGCCGUGCGGCCUGAUCGCGUGGUCGCUCUUCAACGACACGUUCUCCGUCUUCACGGACGCGGACCGCACGCAGGAGAUCGCCGUCUCGGCCGACGGCAUCGCGUGGCCCACGGACGUCCAGAACCGCUUCGGGGGGGAUGUGUUCCCGGUCAACUUCAACCAGGACCCCCCCACGCGCGGCGGCGGGACGCUCGACCCGGCCGUGGCGCUCGCGGACCAGGAGCGGCUCGCGGUGUGGAUGCGCGUGGCCACGCUCCCGCGGUUCCGCAAGCUCUGGGGGCGUAUCGACCAGGACAUCCCCGCGGGCACAACCCUGCACCUCCGGAUCCAGAACAGGUACAACACGUACCGGUUCGACGGCAAGAAGGCGAUCGUCCUGGCCACCGCGUCGUGGCUCGGCGGCAAGAACGACUUCCUCGGCGUCAGCCUGCUCGUCGUGGGGUGUUGCAGCCUGUUGUUUGCCGUGGUGUACUUUGCCGUCGCGAUGGUGCACCCGCGCAAGGCCGGGGACCUGGCGUACCUGUCGUGGAACCGCGAGCGCGAGGCGGCCGCGCGGGCGCACAUGGGCAACCCGGAGGCCCCGCUCGUGGGGUCCGCGAGUGGCACAAUGCAUUGA